AUGGUCCACAACUUUACAGCAGCAUUUGAUCUACACGAAGAGUACAGAUGUAUCGCUGCACCACGGAAGCAUGGACGAUUUGUUUAUGAGAUCAUAAUUGUGUUCGUUGUAUCAGCGGCGAUGUCUGUGAAUUCAGUGGAAGCAACACCCCCAGUGGACAAGAACAGACCGUUUGAUGAUGCAUCGGCGUCGUGUUAUUUCCAAGGAAAAUACUCGUUGUACAGCAAGAUAUACAACAUAGAAGAAUUCAUUUGUCUGAAUUUCUAUGGGAAAUUGGAACUUGAUGCAGAUAUGACGGAAGUUGAACUUCAAAAUAUUGUCACCAUACGUGGAUGUUUGAUAAUACGUGGAACUCAGAUCAAGUCGGCAAAUCUCGCGCAAAUAUCUGAUCUGGUUUCGGACCCAGCGUAUUGCGAAUACAACGGGCUACUGAUCUAUGACAAUCCGGAACUUGAUGUAAUUGAAUUCAGUGAAGAAUUCCAACCCAAUCCCAGUGAUGUUUCUAUACGAAUGAACCCGCUCCUAAGCAAAGAAAAAAUUGUCAAUGCAAAGUUUGAACUAGAUAUUGGUUCAAGUGAAACAGACUGUUCGGUCGCCGAGGCAAAGUCGAAAGAGCAGUGCAACACAUUGGUCGGAGAUGUCACAAUCGAUGACUUAAAGGACAUUGGACCAGGUCGUAUAGCAAAGGUCGUGGGGAGAGUCUCAGUGGAGGAAACCGCCGAGGAGGAUCUGGAAGUACUGAGAUCGUUAGAGAUUACUGGAUGGGGAUCACCAGCUCUGACCAUUUCGAGAAACGAGAAGCUAGUCGAUGUCAGUGCACUGCCGACCGUAAAAGUUAUAGCAAAUAAACCCGCUGUAAAUAUCGAAACUAAUCCUAAGAUUUGCGACAACGUUGCAAACAGAAAGAAAAUUGAGAAAUGGUUGUUAGAGAAUGAUGUUUCCAUGAAGAUCGACACGUACUGUUUGAGAUCAUGCGAAGCUAGAAGAGUGUCGGAGAAAUUCCUGCUGGAACUUCAUAAACACUGUAACGUUCUUGAAGGAGACCUCGUCAUCGACAAUUUGAAAGAAUUACCGAAUGAUAUUGAGAAACUGGAACAAGUGGAAGAAAUUAACGGACGACUUCUUGUCAUAAAUAGUCCGGCUGUUCAUAAAUUGACUUUUUUCAAGAAUUUAAAAAAAAUCAACAAUCCUGUUUCGAAUCAAUACCCACACAGCUUAAUGAUUUAUGGCAAUAAGGAACUGGAUCAAAUACUAUUCAAUAGGGAAUUCUCCCCCAAACCAGAUGAAGUUUUCAUCAGGUUGAACCCAAAGCUAACUACUGAUGGCGUUGAAGGCGCCAGUUUUGAAGUGAACAUCGGUGCUAGCACAGAUUGUUUCGCUACCCUCGCAUUUAAAUUGACGCAGUGCAAAAGAUUAAUUGGUGACGUGAAUUUCAAAGAAUUACCACUCGAUGUAUGGGAACGUAUAGAAGAGAUAGAAGGAACACUUAGUGUUGCGGACAGUAAUGUUGAGGAUUUGGAUGCUCUACGCGGUCUAAAAAUUGUCGCAUGGAAGGUCCCACCUUUCGUUAUUUCUCAUAAUUACAAGCUUAUUGAUAUUGCUGCACUGUUGACCAUGCAAGUUGAAUCAAAGUCGUCCCCCCUUGUCAUGAACGAUAAUCCUAAAAUUUGUCACAAUAUUGCUGAAAGAAAACAACUGGAAAAAUUUCUGGAAAACGUUAGAGUUUCUGUGCCGUUUAGUCAGCACUGUCUGAGGUCGUGCGAUGGCGGAAAUAUCAGUGAGCGAUAUUUGAGUGCUCUUAACAAGCACUGCAAUGUUAUUCAAGGGAAUGUAAUUCUUCAUGGAAUUGAAAAGCUACCCGAAAACAUUCGAAAAUUGGAACAAGUGGAGAUUAUUAAUGGGCGUCUUCUUGUCACAGACAACCCAGCUAUAGACAAUCUACUGUUUCUGCAAAAUUUGAGAGAAAUAAAUAAUCCUGAGCUUUACAAACCUGGAAUAGUUGUUAAAAAUAAUAAAAAGCAUCCACUUACUGGGCUUCUUUCGUUACAAAAGGUCACCGGUAGCGAAACAAGCACGGCUGUAACUAAGAAAGUGAAACAUUCGUCGACAAAAAGUUACAGCGAAAAGACCACUAGAAAAAAUGACCGCAGUACGUCAAAAACGAAAGAUUGGACGAAGAAAACAACGCAAACGAUGAAGAGACCGAAAACUACGACCAAGAAAAUUCCUAAUCCUGUCGAGGACAAAAAUGGCAAUAAGGUGCGCAAUCAAACUGCUGACAAAGGGAUUUCGGGCAAUGCGCACAGAAAAGGUAAAACUUCGUCAUCGAAGAAGUACGGCAAACUUAUUUGGUUGGUGAUAAUCAUCUUGUUGAUAAUGGCUAUUGGGGCGGUCGUUGCAGCGGUUGUUAUAGUCAGGAUGAGGAGAGGAAAGCAGCAACCCAAAGAACGCCCUGGAACCGUAGUACAAGAUGCACAGAAAAAGGACGGUGGCACAAAGAAUACUGAUGCGCCGGCUAUGAAAAACUCGAAGAGCUCCGAAGCAAGAGCGUUGACGGCGUUCGGAGUCGUGUUGAACGUUGAGGAUGAGGCAUCUGAGACGCGAGUGGAUGGUCAUCUUGGUUUGUGGUAUAGACGCGCAGUUUCGCUGGAUCAGCUUUUUGAAGAAGCCGAUUUGUCUUCUGAUUUUGGAGCUACUGUCCUGUGGCAUCGUGCAGCGUUGCGUGGAGGAACUUCAGGUGGAAGAACGGUGGCGUGUUUCCACGAGUCAGGUUCACCAUUGUGUCAAAGUGAUCCCUCCAAAUUGGAAGGAAUAAGGAUGACGUGCCCUUUCAACGGAUCGAGAGUUACCUUCAUGGAAAUGACUGAAGACGAUGCACAAGCCGGAACGAACAAAGUCGCUCUUGGACAAGGAGUCACGUACGGACAAUAUCUUCAGUUACACAAACUAUUGGACUGCCAGAAGCUACAGUCAGAAGAGCAAGGUCAUCGAGUAGACGACGAGCAUCUUUUCAUCAUAAUUCACCAGUCGUACGAGCUAUGGUUCAAGCAGAUCAUCUUCGACAUCGACAUCGUACGCGAACUACUCAACAACACAAUCGUUGAUGAAACAAAGACGCUUCGCAUUGUGUCUGGCCUGGAUCGAACGGUACGUAUUCUGAAACUGCUCGUCGAUCAGAUAACCAUUCUCGACACGAUGAGCCCUCUUGACUUCGUAGAUUUUAGGAAAUACCUCACACCUGCUUCCGGUUUCCAAUCAUUGCAAUUCCGGCUACUAGAAAAUAAGAUGGGGGUUCGCCCGGAUAGAAGGAUCAGAUACAAUGCCCAACACUACAAAAACGUGUUUCUCGACAAGAAUGAAUCGCAGACACUGGAAGAAAGUGAGCAGAACCCCUCGCUCUUGACGCUCAUUCAAAACUGGUUAGAAAGAACUCCUGGUCUCAAACAAGCUGAGGUGGACGGUGAGGUUGAAGAGGGCUUCUGGCCACGAUAUGAACGAGCAGUCAAACGCUACCUGGGUGAUCUAUAUGAGGAAGCAAUGAGAGAAGGUCUUCCACAAAACGUCCACGAUCAACUACUCGCCGAAUAUCACAAAACCAAGGACUCAUUUGCGACGAUCCUUGAUCCUAAACAACACGCUCAGCAGAUUCUCAACGGAACACGAUUACUGUCACACGACGCGAUGAAAGGAGCGCUCAUGAUCUACUUCUACAGAGACAUGCCUCGGUUUUCACAGCCUUAUCAGAUACUCACGUACCUCAUGGACAUCGACAGUUUGUUUACAAAGUGGAGAUAUAAUCACGUAAUACUCGUCCAACGAAUGCUCGGAAGCAAGCAAGGAACCGGUGGCAGCUCGGGUUACAUGUAUCUAAGAAGCACCGUGAGCGACAAAUACAAAGUGUUCCUGGAUCUGUUCAACCUGUCCACAUGGCUCAUUCCAAGAGAGUACAUCCCAUCGCUGUCGGCCCGGAUGGUGAAAACGUUGUCUGAGCACUCGAAUCUGAACACGUCGAUAAUGUCGUCUGAGAGCGAGUGA